AAACAAAGUAGCUGUCAAACGGUGAUUUCAUUGGGGAAAAAUAACAUAAUAAAAACAUUGUCAAUUGCGAAAUAUUUUGUUGGUCUUCUAAAAUUGUUGAGUUUUUUUUCGUCUUCAAUAAUUUCUGUAUUUCAUAAACGAUGGCUAAUUUCCCAGCCAUUCCACAAAGUUUGAAACCAGUAGCCCAUUUCUUGAAAACAGCACAGGAACACGAUGGACGAGAUCCAGUUGUGAGCUAUUGGUGUCGGUAUUAUGCCCUUCAAAGUGGAUUGAAACUAUCCACAAAGCAGCCAGAGGAGACUGCACUGUUCUUGAGUAUCAUGGAUUGGUUAGAACAAUUCAAGAAGGAACACCAUGACAAUGAAGCAAUCACCAACGAUGUCGUAGCACAGGCCUACUUGGAAAAUUAUGCUAUGAAAUUGUUCACCUAUGCUGAUCAACAAGAUCGAGCUUCAAACUUUAACAAGAAUGUGGUAAAAGCAUUUUAUACGGCUGGCGUUAUCGCUGACACAUUGUUGACAUUCGGUGAAUUGAGCGUAGAGACGGCGGAUAAACGAAAGUACGCCAAAUACAAAGCGGCAUACAUUCAUACGUGUUUGAAGAACGGUGAGAUGCCAGUGCCAGGUCCACCGAACGAAGGUGAAGGAGGUGAAGGAGAAAGUGAUGACAACAAUGCCGUUCCCGGACCAUCGAGCAAUCCGGGCAAUGACAAUGGAUCAUUUUCACCUCCUCAGGCACCGGCUGAUGACCCUGAACCACCACGAAACGAUCCAUCACCACCACCACCACACAGCCCAAUUGAAUUCAAACCACAUCCAACUGAAAUCAAUGCUGACAAACUUCCAUCGCCGCCGAUUGAUCCAGAAACAAAGAACCCGGGUGGUUUUCAACCAUACGUCCCGACUAGUUACGGAACAUCAAUACCGAAGUAUGAGCCACCACCGGCAAAUGUUGCUCUCACUGCCGACCAAAUGGCCAAGGCACAAAAAUACUGUAAAUACGCCGGAAGUGCUCUUAAUUUUGAUGAUGUUAAAGCAGCAAUCGAUAAUUUAGAAAAAGCCUUGCAUCUUCUGACUACUGGCAAAGAAAAGGCCUAGAUGCCAAUCUUCCACUUGAUCAGAUUUCUCUUUCAGAAAACUAUUUUCAAAUUAUCAUGCAUCCGGCUCAAAAAAAAUUCAAACAAUUUACUAACAUUGCAUUUUAAACGAACAUACGACUAAAAAAAUUUCUUUGUAAAAAAAAUACAAUUUUUUUUUUAUUUAAGCAAAGCACGUAUAAUAAAUCAAUAUAUUAAAAGUAUAAA